AUAUGCAUGCGACUGUGACGACGGUUAUACUGCGAAUGCCAACAAAACAGCGUGUCUCGAUAUUGACGAGUGUUCUAUCAGCAAUGGCGGAUGUCAACAAAUUUGUCAUAAUCUGCCUGGCAGUUCUAGGUGUGGUUGUAAAACUGGGUUUGAAGCGCGACCUAAAGGGUAAGUAUAGAUUAUUAGAUGAGAUUACUUUUGUUAUGACAUUAUAGUUUAUACAUAUUCUGAACACUUUCCAGAAAUUAUAUUGCACCAUUGUGCAGGCAAAAGUAACGUAGUAACAGUCAGGUUUUGUUCAACCCGGAAUAACACAUCUGACAUUACCCUUGCGUUCUGGCUUGCUAAAAUGAAUGCCCUUAUAUAUGGUAAAGGAUGAGAAUUGGUGACUCAUCGACUCUCGUCAACUACUUUGAGCUGGUUCAAAUGAGAAUUGAUGGGAGUUGAUGAGAGUUUUCUCACUCAACCUUAGAAUUCACUUUAACAAUCAUCACGAAUUCUUGACAACUUUAUAGCGCGCCACGUAAUCACCUAUCGAAAAUUACGAGUAAACUAGAUAAAUGUGAAGUGCACUAUUGCGACUAAAACAAACUAUUUUUACUCCAGAUCCAAAUCUUGUAAUGAUAUCGAUGAAUGCGCUCGCAAUGGUGGAAGAGGACCAUGUGCAUAUAACUGUAUAAACACACAAGGGUCAUACGAAUGUAGGUGUCAAUCAGGGUUUAAAUUGGGCAACGAUGGUCACUCUUGUGUUGAUAUCAAUGAAUGUCAAAAUAAACCGUGUAAACAAGUCUGUGUCAACACAAAUGGAGGGUAAGUCAAUUUUGUAAAAUAUUGGUUGGAACACAUAUACAGGUUAUCACUGAUGGUAGAUGGUAUCAAAAAUUAUGCAAAUGCGGUCAGUGGCGUAACGGAGGAAGAGGGGGCCCUUAGGCAUAUUUGGUGUGCCCGGGGCCCCUGUUGACUGUUGUCAUUGUUUGACUGAGAUAUUAUAUGUUUAUAUUGAAUAUUUAUAGAAUGUCCUGGGAAAUUCCGUGUCUAUAACAAAUAAAACAAUAACAGUCUCCAACACAUGCAACAACUAAUAAGAAUAACUUUUGUUUUAAUUGUUUUUGUUUGUGGAAACACCACGUAAAUUUAUUACUGCAAAAGAACUUAUUAACUUACUUACUUACUUACUAUUAAAGAACUUAUUAUACUACUUACUAUACUACUAUUAUACUAUUAUACUACUAUUACUAGAACUUAUUAUACUACUUAUUAUACUACAUACAUUACUUACUUAUUAUUAAAGAACUUAUUUAUUACUUCAAAGAACUUAUUAACUUUUGUUUUAUUUGUGAUGGAAUAAAAAAUCAGCUACCGUUGUCGAUGGAGGCUUUUUAAUUAGCAUUAUUAAUUUUGCAUUUUCCCAUUGAUUCUUAACCUGCAUUUUUUACGUUUUCUAAUUUUCUCGGCGAUAGGCCGUGGCUGAUGGGGCCCCCUAACUGUCGGGGGCCCCUAGUUUUGGAACUAACCCUACCCAAUGAGCGCUACGCCACUGAAUGCGGUUCUAGCUAAUCUAUGAAUUUGCACAAAGAUCAAAUUACAUUUACGACCCCUACAUGGUGCAUAGAAAAAAGUAGACAAUUUUGAAACAGCUCUCAAAUUCACAAAUCCGUUCAUUUCAUGAAAUUUGUGAUAAGUAAAUUUUAAAAGUUUAAAACGCAUUUUGAGUUGAUGGGCGAGACAUUUGUUGUGUUUUAUCAAUGGUCCAAAUAUCAGAAAAUUUACUCAAUACUCAGUGCUGAAACUUUCAUUUCUUGGCGCCAAUGCCUAUCAUGCAUGCUUAAUUCAUGCAUUUACCUAAUUUGCAUAUUCUUUGCUUGCACAUGACGUCACUACGAGUCAUUAGGCGCCAUCUUGGUUGAUUUUAAACUUUCGUUAAGCCGUUUACAGCGAAGUAGUUGAGUUUAAUUUAACAUUUUCUGUAAAACAUAUUACUGUAUUAUGGAUAGUUUACGGUCUUUGGCUCAAUACGACAAAGAAUGAAGAAUAUAUAUGAUUUUUAAAGUUGCCACGUGUCAAUAUAUAUGAAUUUUAUAGGGCGUCGAUUGCAAACGAGCAAUUGUUAUUUUACUUUUUUUACAAAAUUUAUCUUUAUUUGUGAAAUUGAGAGCUGUUUCAAAAUUGUCUACUUUUUUAUACACCCUGUAUUACCAGAGGCCUCUUCUAAGGAGACACAUCUUUUCAGUGGGCUAUCUUUAAAAUAGGGAACGGGGAAUGGGAAGCAAAUGACAGGGGAAUCGACGGGGAAUGAGCCCGCAUGAAUGGCCUGGAAUAGGCUCAUAUUGGGCGUAAAGAACCUCAACAGUUAGCCUAGAGGUUCGACUGUAUAAACACUCUCAUUCAAUGGUAAGAAACACAAAGAACCUUUGUUUAACAACCAGGCAGAAUAUAAGAAAUUAAUCCACCAAAACAACGCACUGGACGGAUUGCUAGAUAAAAACAGAGCGACGUAUAAUAGCAAAGUAACAAGUGAUACAAGUCAAUACGUGAAGUGAGCGAAGAACUCUUCGUAGCUCCGUCUCAAGACCAUAAUACUACACAUGCACUAUCUAUUUGAUAACAUUACAUCCUCUAUAUUUUAAAUCGUGUUUUUCUGUAAUUUCAGAUAUUACUGUGAUUGUAAUACAGGUUACUACCUAGCCAAAGAUGGAACGACAUGCGGUGAUACAAUUGAUUAUUCAGGUGGGUUAGAACCGAAUAUUUUUUGAAUAGACCUUACCGAUGAUUCAGCUCUUUUACCCAAUGCCCGCAAUGGCCUCGUUUCCAUGUUAAUUUAUUUUAGCAUUUCAGGGGCAGAUAAAGAUUAUAUUUCCAUGUUUUCCUGGACGAAUUUGUUUCUUGCUGUUCUUAGGCUCAAUAACAAAGUAAUUUUCAACCUUACUAAGCACAAAACAUGAGUAAGUAUUUGACAUGAAAACGAGGCCAGUGGAUAAAAGAGAAUAAUCGGUAAUGUCUAUUGAAAUCGUCUAUUCGGUCUAUUCUUGGUCUCCCGAAAAUGCUAUCUCUAUUUUAAAAAUCCAUAACAUUGCUUAAAAUGAGCUUUUUCAUCUGCAAUAUAUACUACAGUACAUGAAGUACUUGCGUAUACCAUUAUAGUACCUAUAGUACCAGCUCUUCCAUUAUAGACUUAUAGUACCUAUACAUGGGUGAUUGUAUAUGAUUGAUUGUAUGUAUUAUUGUAUGUAUAAUUGUAUGUAUGAUUGAUUGUAUGGGUGAUUGUAUGAUUGAUUGUAUGGGUGAUUGUGUGAUUGAUUGUGUGAUUGAUUGUAUGAUUGACUGUAUGAUUGAUAGUAUGAUUGAUAGUAUGAUUGUGCGAUUGGGAAGUGGUCUUGAUAUGACGUCAGUCAAUUCGCGGUGUGGCCGAUAACCCUGCUAGGGAGUCUGGGAGCAUGCACGGAAAUGGCACGGCCCCCAGAACUUUCGACCAAUUUCCUGAAGAAUUUUGUUCAAAAUGAUCACAUGUAUCGACUGGUGGUAGGCAGCUACUGUAACUGACAUUAGUAGAGAUUCAUUUUUAUUAUGGUCUUGAAGAUAUUCAAGCAACAAUUUGAUAAGUUUUCACAAAAUUCACUCGUUUUCAUGUGUUUUUUUCACACUGUAUAUAAAGAUUUAUAGAAAUAAGAACAAAGAGAGUUGGUAUUGGGAAGUACUUCAUGUAUCUAAUAUGUCCAUUAAGUUUGUAAGCUAUGAGCUUAUACACAAAUAUGCCAAGCUUAUACAGCAUACACUAAGCUCACAAGACUAUUAACUAAACCUUUACACUUUCUCGUUGUUAUGAAAUAACGUGAACCUAAAAUUCGUUUCAGAAUGUGGUGUUAUCAAUAAUAGGAUUGAAGGAACACAAAAUUGGAAAGAUGCCAACAAAAAUAAAUGGCCAUGGGUUGUUCAUUUUGCCACGAUUAUGCAGAGCUGGUUUGAUUAUGAAAGUGAAAAUUUGGGCGUUCUGGGUGUUAUUCUUAGCAACAAGUGGGUACUAACAGCAGGUCAUUCACUUGAAAAAGAUGGCUUUUACAGAGUUUAUACAAACGAUGACAAUUCAGCCGAAGUGGCCGAGAUAAUUCAGUAUUCUUCUUGUAAGCCAAAGAAAACAGAGUGCAAAAAUGACAUCGCCCUUGUCAAGUUAACAAACCCGAUUACAUUUGCUGAGAAUGUUCGACCCAUAUGCAUUCCAGAUCUGGCAAAGCAACAAAGCUUUUUACAAAAUCGAAGUGAGCCAGCCAUGAUCCUGACUAAACUUGGUGGAAAUGGUUUGCAGAAGAGAUCUGUCCGAGUCCAUAGGGCAAAAGAUUGCAAACGCUAUAGCUUCUCCCAUCACAUGAUAUGUGCCGGUGGGUUACGAGGUGCUUGUGCAGGUGAUAGUGGAUCACCACUAGUGUUCUCCAGAAAAGAGUACAAUAAGAAUUACGGCGAUAGAAGGAGCUACAAACAUAUCGCGUAUCUUAGUGGUGUGUUAAGCUGGGGCAACGAUAUACUGCAUGAAACUGAUUUACAUGAUUUUGAUUUUGAAGAAUGCGAUUCAGAUCCACAAUUUCUUGCGUAUACAAACGUUGCCAAAAAACUUCAAUGGAUCAAAGAUAAAACAGGGAUCACACCUCGCACAUGA